CCAAUUGUGUUCGUUGUUCAGAGCUGCACAGCUACAAAUUCACCGAAGAAGAUACAGAGUAAGCAGUGUGAAUCAUUUUCUUUUUAUUUAAGAAAAUUGAUAAUCCCAAAGCAGACUUACUGAUUUUGAAACGCAAUAGAUUGAAAGUCGGUAACAACAAAUAGCUUUUGUUUAAUCAAACAAAAAAAAAAAGAAAACAACAACAACAGUCAAAAAUGCCCAAUAUCAAGUUGCAGUCAUCGGACGAUGAAAUAUUCGACACUGAUGUACAAAUAGCCAAAUGUUCUGGCACCAUAAAAACUAUGUUGGAAGAUUGUGGCAUGGAAGAUGGAGACAAUGCCGUAGUGCCUCUGCCCAAUGUCAAUUCGGCCAUAUUGCGCAAAGUUUUACAUUGGGCCAAUUAUCACAAGGACGACCCCCAACCACCAGAGGAUGAUGAGAACAAAGAAAAACGCACAGACGACAUUUCCUCGUGGGAUGCCGAUUUCCUUAAGGUGGACCAAGGUACCCUAUUCGAAUUGAUUUUAGCCGCCAAUUAUCUGGACAUCAAGGGCCUCCUCGAUGUCACAUGCAAAACAGUAGCCAACAUGAUCAAAGGCAAAACACCCGAGGAGAUACGCAAGACAUUUAAUAUCAAAAAUGAUUUCACCCCAGCUGAAGAGGAACAAGUGCGCAAGGAGAACGAAUGGUGCGAGGAGAAGUAAACCAUGGAGUAUAUUAAGCAGGGACAGAAAAAAAUUAACCAAACGUAUAUAAUAUACACACAUAUAAAACAACAACACACUACUUACUAAUGGAAUACCUAAGAUGCUAUGUUGUCUUACUACAUGUGAACGAUUUUGUUUUGUACUAUUAAACUGUCACUAAAAUACAAAUAACUACUUUAAUGUUCUAUAAAUUCAAUAUGAAUAUUGCAGUCGUUUUACACUCAAUUUUCCCCCUUUUCACACGUACGUAUUGAUUAAGCAGUUUGUUAUUGAACUCACUAUGAUGGAAUCAAUAGCCGCAGAAGAAAAGAAAACCAACUCUGUUUAGUUCUUUUUACAUAUAGAAUUUUAUUUUUGUCUUUACGUCGCUACAUAAAUGCUAUUACAUAAAUUACUUCGAUUUUAAAAUAAAUGGAUUCGUUUUUAA